AUGGAGCUUACAAAGCGAUUGAUGUCGGAACUGGAGUACUCCAGUGAACUACAGAAAACCUUAUUGAAGUCUUACGAAAAUAAUGUUUAUGUGACACCAAAAAUUGCAUUGCAACCAAAUCCAAGCACAUUUAGCGAUAUUUUAAAGAAACCAUCUACCGCUAGUUCAUCUGUGUUGCUGAUCAAGGCAGAUGCAGUGGAAAAUGCUGAUAGCAAGAAUAUUUUCCAAGAAAUCACGUCAUCUGUUAACCCAGCUAAUCUGAACGUUUGCAUCAACUCCACUAAACGAAUAAAGAAUGCAAAAUCCGGAAAACCGCAUACUAUCGGAGAGAAGUUAAUUUUGCCAGCCGUUGAAGAGGUUUUAAAAACUGUUUCACACAAACCUGCAUCUGAUAUCAUUAAAAGAAUUCCCUUAAGAAACAAUACUGUUGAAAAACGUAUUGAUGAAAUGAGUUCUGAUAUUGAAAGCUUCUUAUGUAAUUAUUUGCAAACGACCCAUUUCUCUAUACCACUGGACGAGUCAACUUUACCUGAUAAUGCAGCAUUAUUAUUGGCAUAUGUUCGUUUUAUUAUGAAUCAAGAAAUCUACGAAGAACUGCUCUUUGCAAGAACUUUGAUAACCGACACUAGAGAUUUUGAAUCUAGAUUUGAGGAUAUUUUGACUAUGGUAAUACCACCGUGGAUAAUUCAUCCAUAUGGUGACAUAGAAGAAACGAAUGUCAUAAUACAAGAGGAACUGACUGAACUAAGUACAAACGAAGAACUUAAGGUGCAGUUUAGAAACGGAUAUCAGCAAUUCUGGCUGCAAAACAACAUACCCGUUACUUAUCCCGUAAGUUGA